UUUGAGCAAGCUGUAGCAAUGGUUAAAAGUCUCAACUCAACUAAAGCAGUCAAUCUUAAAAUUCCAUUGGUCAUUGCCAGGUGAAGGAUACAUGUAUACAGCAAACCAAACUAUCUUCCAAACUUAAAAACAAUCCUACUAAAUUUAGCACCAUUCUUCAACCAACUUUGAAACAAGAAAAACAAAAUCAAAAGUUUUUUUCUUCUUCUUCCUUUUGUGUCUUUCAGAUUUUACACAUUAAUUCUCUCUUCUUCUGGUUUUCCAAGGUUGAAAAUGUCUUCCACCGUAGGAGCCGUCUCCUCCACAACCAACGAUGUUCCUUACAACUCACAUUUAGAAGAACAAGAAGAUGAUGCACCCAACUCCAUCUCUGAUGAUGCUGAAGAAACUGAACCUGAAGAUGAUGAUGAUGAUAAAGAAUUGGAUCUUGGUCCUCAAUUUACCCUCAAGGAACAGCUUGAGAAAGAUAAAGAUGAUGAAAGUUUGAGAAAAUGGAAAGAGCAACUUCUGGGUAGUGUUGAUAUAUCUGCUGUUGGAGAAAGCAAAGAUCCAGAAGUGAAGAUACAAAGCCUAACUAUUACUACAUGUUCAGAGAGUCCUGAUCUUGUCCUGCCAAUUCCAUUUACUAAUGAUCCUAAGAAGAGUCUCUUCAUUCUUAAGGAAGGAAGUCAAUGUAGAAUGAAAUUCACCUUCACUGUCUCAAACAACAUUGUUUCUGGUCUCAAAUACACCAAUAUUGUUUCGAAAACUGGGGUUAGAGUGAACAGCAGGAAAAAAAUGCUGGGAACUUUUAGUCCUCAGCAUGAACCAUAUACAUAUGAAUUGGAAGAAAAAACUACUCCUUCUGGUAUAUUUGCUAGAGGAACCUAUGCAGCAAGAACCAAGUUUGUAGAUGAUGAUAAAAAAUGCUACUUGGAUGUGAGUUACUACUUUGAAAUUCAGAGGAACUGGGGAACACCUAACUGAGUAAUUUGGCAUCUUGUAUCUUUCUGGAACAGAUUGGAACUCAACUUUCUGUUUAUCAAUUUGUGUUAUUUCCAUGCAUGCUACAUUGCUAGCUAUAUAGUAUUCCUCCCCCUCUCUUUUUUCUAUGGUUCCUUUAUUGUGAGUUUUACUGCCCUUAUUCAUCUAUGCAAAGAUGCUCAUAGUGUAAAUUUUUAUUAACUGUUAGAAUGUGAAGAGUGGAGAUUGGAUAGAAA